AUGACAGGAAGAGUACGCCGUCCCGCUGAUCAAACGACUGACAAUGAUCGUGGCUUGAAAAGUGGAGGAUGGAUAGGUGGAAUGUCUGCGGGGAUCCCAGGAGCACCAGGACAACGUGGCCCAAUGGGUCCACUUGGAUCGUUGGGCCCUCCUGGACCUCCAGGAGCAAGAGGAGAAAGUGGAAUACCCGGUGAUUCGGGACCACCUGGACCGCCUGGACCAGGCGGCCCACCGGGGCCGAGUGGAAGCCUGGGUGAACCUGGUCGUGAAGGUCCUUCAGGUCCACCUGGUCCUCCUGGUCCACCGGGAUCUCGCGGCCAAAUUGGCAGUAGUGGAUUGCCUGGAGCAAAAGGACAUCUUGGAUGGCCCGGCGCUCCUGGCGAAAAAGGUGAUAAAGGUUCACUUGGUGAAGCCGGUCCCAUUGGAACAACUGGACAAGCUGGUCCAAUUGGUCAAGCAGGAGCAAGAGGUCCACCCGGAGAACGCGGACGUCCAGGAAGCAGUGGACCUAUAGGUCCUCGAGGAGCAGGGGAAGUUGGGCAACCAGGAAGUCGUGGUCCAGCCGGAAGUCAAGGUCCUAGAGGCGAACCAGGAAGUAAUGGAGCAACCGGAUUGCCAGGCCCGCAGGGUCAGCCAGGUACAAAUGGAGAACAAGGGGCAAAAGGAUCGACAGGCGAAGCUGGAAUUCCGGGCUCGCCUGGUGGUAUAGGGCCGCCCGGAGGACCAGGUCAAUCGGGUGAACAAGGAAAUCCAGGGAUCAGAGGCUCGCCCGGACCGCCAGGUGGACCAGGAAUAAAAGGAGACUCUGGAGUUAUGGGUCCGACUGGUCCUAGAGGUGAGGUGGGACCAAGUGGCAGUCCAGGGGAGUCAGGUAGAACCGGACCGCCCGGCAGUCCCGGUGGCAUUGGACCCGUAGGCCCAGCAGGAGAUAGGGGUGCUCCCGGACCGAGUGGAGCACCAGGAUUUCCAGGAGGUACUGGGCAGAAAGGAGCACAGGGAGCGCGAGGUGAGGCCGGAAGUACGGGCGAGCGCGGCUUUCCAGGUGAAGUUGGACAAAUGGGACCGAGCUUGUAG